UAUAUAUAUAUGAAGUGUUUAUAAAGUCCUUGUUCAAAUUUUAUUAAGAAAAGUUAUAUUACACAAGAACUAUAUAUAAAGACAUAUAUAAUUCAUAAUAUUUCAUCCUUAUUCCAAAUAUAUUUAUGAAGUCGGAGCAAUCUCGAGAAAUUCCAAUCCAAAGUUGUGGCAACACUAGACCAGCUGGUGUUCCAGGUGGCAACACUAGACCAGCUGGUGUUCCAGGUGGCAACACUAGACCAGCUGGUGUUCCAGGUGGCAACACUAGACCAGCUGGUGUUCCAGGUGGCAACACUAGACCAGCUGGUGUUCCAGGUGGCAACACUAGACCAGCUGGUGUUCCAGGUGGCAACACUAGACCAGCUGGUGUUCCAGGUGGCAACACUAGACCAGCUGGUGUUCCAGGUGGCAACACUAGACCAGCUGGUGUUCCAGGAAUAUCCGUUAAGUACCUGAACGUCGGGGGAUCGACGGCCACACACUCACCAGGCCCAAGACUGGAUGCUGACUAAUCCAGUCAACCUGUUCUACGACGCCAUUCACAACCCUCUCAGACGAACCUAACACCGCUCUCAACACGGGCGUUCCUCUAACAAUAAUAAUAUUAUUUUCAAUAUCUUUCUUUCUCAAUGAUAUGUAUAUAUAUAUA